CAUUUAAAACAUGAAAUUAACUAAGCAGUAACAUAACAACUAAAGAUAUUUGUUACUGUGUUGAUGUACUUUUCACUUGAAUCUCAUAGCUCGUCAAAACAGUUUGUACUUUUGUGAGUCAGAGCUCUAGAUGUCCUACUUUUCUGAAUACUGUUUAACAGCAUUAGUGUUUUCAGUUAAAUUACUUCAAACUUUAAAAAAAAAAAAAAAAAUUUAUGAAAGAGAAAAUCCGGUAAAGCAUAUUUUUGAUCAUUUAAAAUGAAUCUGUACAGAAAUAUCCUACAUUGGGCACCUGAUACAAACACCCCUACUAUCAACCAUCAAAUACUGACCAUCUUCAAAAUAAUAACAAUGGAAGCAUUUCAAAGACCAUCACCUAAGUAAUAAAUCUGACAUAAUGAAUAAAUUAAUAACACUUGGUUGACAAGUGCCAUAAGCAUGACUCAAGACUUAUGAACCAACAUGAACAGUGUCAUGUUAUUUUAUGAUGGCAUAGUAUUAUGCAUACUACUUCAAAUCAAAUAUUAAUUUUCACAGGUUCUAGAUAUUUGGGAGAGGUGAGACUCCUUCUGGUUGGAAAAACUGGAUCAGGGAAGAGCGCAUCUGGAAACACCAUCCUGGGGGAUCCAAGUGCUUUUAAAGCAAACAUGUCACUUGAGUCUGUUACCAAUGGCUGUCACAGAAAAGAGGUAAUAGAGGGUAACAGGAACAUUGUUAUAAUUGACACUCCAGGGCUGUUUGACACAACCAAAUCACAAGAUGAAGUGAAAGUAAAAAUUGAGGAGUGCAUUGAGCAGUCAGUUCCUGGACCCCAUACUUUUCUUUUAGUGAUCAGUCUGAAGUCAAGGUUCACAAAAGAAGAGCAGAACACUGUGAAGUGGAUCCAGGACAACUUUGGCGAAGAAGCUUCUAUGUAUACGAUAGUUCUGUUUACACAUGCUGAUUUGCUGGAGGGAAAAUCUUUGAAAGACUAUUUGAGAGAAAGCAAACCUGUACGAAUGCUGAUAAACCAAUGUGGGGGAAGAUACCAUUCACUCAUCAAUAAGCAGAGACAGAACAGGACCCAAGUCAGAGAACUCCUAGAUAUAAUAGAAAAAUUGGUGGACUUCAAUGGUGGAAAUCACUACACCAAUGAGAUGUACCAGAAAGCCCAGAAGAAACUGGCAAAAAAGGAUAAAGAGGAUAGAUGGACUAGGUUUAUAUUUUGGAGUCUCAUUGCCCUGGGAAUUUUUGGUGUGGGAAUAUAUAAAAAAUUAUUUAUUCUCAAAACAAUUGGUGUAUCACUUGGAUUAAACUCCAUGAAGGACGUGUUUGCUUAGGUGAAAGAGCUACAAAAAAAGAAAAGAAAGAGGUGGGAGGUUUCUUCCUGUUUAAAGGGAGUUUUUCCUUUCCACUGUCACCAAAGUGCUUACUCAUAGGGGGUCAUAUGA